CGGCCGGGGGUUCGGCUCGGCGCCGGGCCGCCGCUGGCUCCAGCGCGGUUCGCUGCCCCCGCUGAAGCCGCUGCGGGAACCGCAGACCUGGGCGCCGCAGCCGCGGGCCGGGCCGGCGAAGAAGCCCCUCUCGUCCACGGCCGAGCUGCGGGGACAUAUCUCACUUUCAUCAGCACUGUUGAAAGAAGAAGUAAUGCCAGUGCUGUCUCCUGAAAUCAAAUUUGAGCCUCCUAAUGUCACCAGAAAUACCCUUGAUGGUUGUUUUCUUUUUGAGAGUAGUUGGAGGAAAGCAGUGUUAGAAACACAAAAGAUGAGGAAAGAAUACACUGCAGCAUUUGGUCUAGAAGAAUUCAAAGAAUGUGUCAAAAUGCCAUAUUUACCAGGAUUGCAAAAUUGCCAAAAGAGCGUAAGUUCCACUCCACUAGAGUUUCAUAGAAGACUCCUGCAUGCUGAUACUGAGGUGCCUACUGUCAGCCAUUCUACUGAGAACAUAUCAAGUUGCCUACAAGUAUUUUAUUCUCCUCUACAUAUUGCACAACGCCCUGUGAAAGGACAGUCUUGGCAAAGCAGGUUAAAGAAGACUAAGCCCGCAUGCACUGUGACACCACUUCAGGAGAAAUCAAAAGGACUCUUAAGGCAUUGUAAUUCUCCUUCCAUCAAUUUUGGUUCUGGCUUCAGCGAUCCUCUUGCUGGAGCACCAUCUCAGUACUUACAGAGACUUUCCAACAUGGCCAUUUUGGAGUAUGACACCAUUCGUCAAGAAACAAGCAAAAAAUUUAAAAAGAGCAAGAAACGAGAGCCUCGAGACUGCUGAUUAUCAUACACUGUGAUGCUUUCUUCACUGACUUUUAAAGUUUAUAUUUUUCCUUUCUUUUCUUUUUUGAUAUGUGAUAUGAUGUGCAGUGAUUUACAUAAAAAUGGAAAUGUAAAUA